AACUGACUUAAUAUGUUCUAGAAUAGCCAUUCAGCUGUAAGUGGUUAUGUAUAAAUCCAAGGUUUCUGGUGUACAACUUCUUAUCAUUGUAGAAGACACUCAAUGCAGAACACAUUCUCAGUCCUCCUCUGGACCACAAAACCCCUGACUUCCUGUCAAUGGACAGAACGUCUGGUUUGGUCUACAGGAACCCAUAACUUCUUGAAGCUUUAUGCUAAGGAGUGACAACAUGAGUCAGUUGAAGUUUAGUGUGUCUGAGUCCACAGAGUGUUAGCUACAGAAACCUUUCCCUUGACAUACUGAGAAAGUGCAGCAGGUGGUGUGCCUACAGGUCUACGAAGAAACUUCAGAGCAUCUUGUUGAGAAAAGGAAGCUGAAGUGCUAUAUAAGAUGUUUGUGCUUCAAAACUCUCUGAUUCUGGAGAUUCUGUAUAAAUCCUUGAAAAAGAACAUCCCUGAAUCUACAAAGGUAUAUGGUGCCCUUUUUAACAUAAAACAUAAAAACCCAUUCAAAAUGGAGGUACUGGUAGAUGCCUGGCCAGAUUACCAGAUGGUCAUUACUCGGCCUCAGAAACAGGAGAUGAAAGAUGACCAGGAUCAUUAUACCAACACUUAUCAGAUCUUCACCAAAGCUACUGACAAGUUGGAGGAGGUCUUGUCCUGCUCCCAGGUUAUCAAUUGGGAGCAAACUUUCCAGAUUCAAGGUUGCCAGGAGGGCCUGGAUGAAGCAGUAAGAAAGGUUGCAACUUCAAAAUCAGUGCAGGUAGAUUACAUGAAAAACAUGCUCCUCAUGCCAGAGUUAUCAAAGAAACACAAAACUUCAAGUAAUUACAAUAUGGAGUUAUUUGAAAUGCAUAAAGUGGAUGACAAUAACAAGAAAGGAAACUUUUCAAACAUGUUCUUAGACACUUCACAUGCAGGUCUUAUAAAUGAACACUGGGCCUAUGGGAAAAAUGAGAGAAGCUUGAAAUAUAUUGAACGCUGCCUCCAGGAUUUUCUAGGAUUUGGUGUGCUAGGUCCAGAGGGGGAGCUUGUCUCUUGGGUUGUGAUGGAACAGUCCUGUGAGCUGAGAAUGGGUUAUACUAUCCCCAAAUACAGAAGCCAAGGGAAGAUGUCACAAGUUUUUCAUUAUCUUGAAAAGUAUCUUUCUCAGAAAGAAAUCCCGUUUUAUGCCCAUAGGGCAGGUUAUAAAGAGAAACACUUAAAGAUACUGAAAAAUGUUGAUUUUAAGAUUUGUCCUUGUGGCUGGCAUCAGUGGAAAUGCACCCCCAAGAAAUAUUGUUGAUUAGACCCAUUGUUCAUUUCAAAUCUUUCUUAUCAGUAGAAAAACAUUUAAGUCAAACACAAACAUUGUGAUCUACAUUAGCAUAAAAGGCAUCUGGUUAUCCAGUAUCUGUGUGUUACUUAAGCUCAUCUUAACAUUUUUACCCUCCUCCUCUUCUGUAUUCUUACAGAAAAUUAGAAGCUCAAUCCUUUGGUCUCAUAAUUUCCUUUAUGAUAACAGACAUCUCAGAAUUAAAAUCACCCAAUGCCAAUCAUUAGUGCCAAGAUAUCUCUUUAAAGGCAACAAUUUCUUAAAUGAAGACAAAUUAUUUCAUAAAAAACCACUUUUAUGAUUUUAUUUUUAAAAUAAAAAGUCUUCUUU